GUCCAUUGUCCGCCGCCAAUUCCUUUGCUCGCCGCGCAUCUAGCCAGGAAUCGGCUAUUAUCCCCGGUCGGUUAGGCGGCAUGCCCUUUGCGAGUGGUCUCUCGCCCCCCGAAUAGUGUUCGGGAACCAUGGACCCAUCACCCCAGGCGGGCUCGAGCAGUGUCACUGUCGAGUAUACCGAUCCAUCCGGUAUCUUUCCAAGCGUCCAAAAUGUUCUUGCAGAUAAGCUACCGUUGAAGAACCUCCACUGGAAGUCCCCGACCCGCCCCGUUCGAUCCAUCGAGUCCCUCCGUAUCGGUUUCGUCCCUGCCCAGCAGUCGGUUGAGCGCAAGCCUUCUGUCGACACAACUGGCGGCGUUGUACCGCAUCGGCGACACCAAAUUCCAGGCCUGCGCCAAACACCCUACUUGAAGAUCUACCUUCUGCGCUGUGAUGACAAUGACACCUACAAGGCCACGGCGCGGAAGGCGCUACGGGAUUGGAUCAAGUCUCAUGCCACGGUCUCGUCAUCCAGCGCAACGGCCACCAGCCAAGAGAAGCACGACGCCUUCGACUGGCUCAUCCUACAUGUUGUGCAGGAUGGAGAUGGGGCAGAGAAGGCCGCCCCUGCUUCCAAAUGGGGUCGCACAACCACGACAGUACUGGAAAAGGUCAAAGCGGAUUUCAACGGGGCUUCCAAGUCAACAAUAGAUCGCGUGGCUCAGCUGCGGCUCCCCAAGCAAGGCAGUAAUGUGAAGUCACCUGAGCUGGCCGAACAGAUCGAGGACUUUAUCGAGAAGCUGAAGAAUGCAAUCUUGGCGUCCUUCGACCUUCGCGUGGCACAAUAUGAAGAAGAUAUCAAAGAGAAAGACUCACAGCGCAGUUUGCCCGGAUGGAAUUUCUGUACCUUCUUUAUACUGAAGGAGGGCCUUGCCAGGGGCUUUGAAAAUGUGGGGUUGUUCGAGGACGCUCUGCUCGGGUACGAUGAGUUAGCCGUCGGCUUGGACACUGCAAUACAAGAACAACUUGAAGGGACUGGUGAUCAGCACGGGGGCGCCUUUCUGACUUACAGCAAGGAUUGGCAAGACAAAGUAAAAGCGGCUCUGGAGUCUGGAGGAGAAGUAGCACACAAGGACGAGGACGAGGAUGAUGAGCCUGAUCCCGUCGUGGAGAUUGCCGUCGAGGAUUUUCCCAUCUCCUCAACCAUGAAACCCUAUCGAGAGAAGAUCCUGGCCAGUGAUAUUUCCAUCUUUGAUUUCCGCACCUAUGUCUUCUCUAGGCAAUUGACGCUACUCCUUCGGGCGGCAAAGGCGCCCGCCUUGCUCAAUAACGAAGCAGAACCAGACCUGAAGUCGUCAAAGAAGGACAAGAAGGCCGAGAACCUGCUGCUCCUUUCUGAAACCUGCCAAAGAUCAACUGAAUUCAUCAGUCUUGCGGCGCGAACGCUCAGAAUCGACUUAGAAACUGGGCUCGCAGAUGUGGAAAAUGUCAACAAGUCCCAGGUGGUGAACAAUGUAGUUUCAUCGUGGGCCUACGCUGCUGCUUGCCAGGUACUUUCUCAAACCUAUACUCCUGCUCUUACGCUUCCCGAGUCUACGUUACAUGCUGUCACUAAGGCAGCAGACGCCGCUACACAUUCAGAGGCUCCGUCAGAGCUCCCCCGACGCUCAAGUUCCCUUGCUACUUCAGCUCCUGCCCGUCCACCCCGUUUGGCAAACUCGGAAAUACUACCUCCAGAUGCACUCUCCUCUGUCCACGCUCGACCAGGUUUUGAGGGCCCGAAACUUACGGCCAAAACUGGUUCUGAACAAUUAGCUUCUGGAAGAGGGGAGCUGUUUCUGAUGGCCCGCCGACUUCUAGAGGGAAUUUCUGCAAGACGCGGUUGGAAAGAGACGUGGAACGAUCUGCGUCUCCUUUUUAACGAAGGAUCUGGCGAUGGUGACAUGGCUGAUAAAUCCCAAGGCACCAAUCCUCUUUCUGGAGUUGAUCUCCCUGGCCUGAAGCUGGCUCUUCACUCCAGAAAGGCUUUUCGUGCUCACUACGAAGAACUGACCGAUCAGAUGUAUCGUCAUCAUAUUGCUGCAAACCGCACAUAUUCCACUCAGGCCGCUCUUGCCGAUAUGGCUCUUAUACGAUAUCGACAGAGCGAUUAUGGGGCGGCUGCGUCAUACUUCCAUCACCUUGCCCCGUUCUAUGGUAGCAAGAAUUGGGUUGUUCUAGAAGGUAUCAUGCUGGAGAUGUAUACACGGUGUCUGAAAGAACUUAAUCGCAGUGAAGAGUAUGUCCGGGUGAUCCUUCGUCUUCUUGCCAAGUUUUCCACAUACACCCAGUCCAACCUAUCGAAGCGACAGAAGACGCUAGAUGCAUCGCAUAUUUUUGCGGAAAAUGCCUUGAUCUCUGAGUACGUGGAGGAGCUGUUCAAUGUUUCGAGCCCUCUUCAGAAAGAAGUCACGGCGCCCAUGACGGAUUUCUUUGCGGACAUCAAUGUCAAGCCUGCAAUCUUGCAUUAUGCGGACAAGGACGGGUUCCAGUUACAACUCUACCUACGGUUUACUCUUGGGAAGCGCAUCGAUGUCGAUUCGAUCAAGCUACGAUUGGUCGGUGCACACAGUUCUCAAAGUAAUGAGCACUGGAUAGAGGCACCUAUUGCAAUGACCAUCAAAUCAUCCUCGACAAGGGUGUUGGUUGACUCUCCGAUAACGCUGCAAGGUAAAUACUAUGUGGACCGUAUCGAGAUGCGCGCGAAAAAUAUUGUUUUCAGUUUCGCGGGCGGAAAACAUGCGUCGUUGCCAGUGGGCUUUAGAGAGGUGAUAGAGGCCGAGGAAGAGGACAGUCGGCCAUACAUCUAUUGCUAUCCGCCGCCGGACGGCCUUCAGGCAAAGAUUGUGUCGCCACAUUCCGUCAACCUGGAGGAGCUGCGGACGCUUGAGCUGGAACUCAGCAGCGGAUGGAAUGAUAUUAAAACAGGAACUCUUCGAGUCAGACCUGCCACUGCUGGCCUACGGCUAAGAACUGCCGAAGCCGAAGUGGUAGAGGGAGACAUCAAGAUUGAAGCCCAUAGUGAUUCCGGGAAUAUCGAGUUCACGCAAUUGAAGCCGAACUCAUUUGUCCGGUUCCGGAUUCCUUACACGGUCGAGGAACACCACCCAAUGCUCUCUGCAAGGGCAGAAGUAGCAUAUGAAACAGACCGCGGGCGGUUCUCUUACUCGUCGGUGCACAACAUCAUCUCAGGCCUGCCGAUUAGUGUUAACGUGCAGGACGUCUUUAAAGAUAGCGUGCUAUUCUCCCGGUUUACCAUCAGCCCGGCCAUGCUGAUUCCCCUCCGGAUCCUGAAGUGCAAGAUUCCGGGAUCAGACGUUUACGAAGUGCAGUCGAGCAUUGGUGACUCUGCAGCGCUAAACGUGUUUGCAAAACAGCCAGCAUCAUUACUCUACAAAAUCCGACAGCGGGCAGACAGCGUUGCCACUCCAGGGUCAAGGCGCUCCCUGCGACUAAGCGUCGAAUUUACUUGCGUGGACGACGAGUGCUUGGAUGCAGUCGAACGGACAUUCAAAUCAAGCAUCGCCGCUAGUGAAUUCCAGAAGUACACCGCGUUACUCACAUCUCACAUUGUUGAGACAUUCCGCUCGCAGUUGUCGACUUCUGACAUGGAGGUCGUCGGCCUAGUCCGGGAGGUGGAAACUCUGCAGUAUGCAAAUGCCCACUGGGAGACGCUACUGGGCGCCCUGAAAGAGCCAUUGGAGGGACUAAAGCCCUGGCUUAUGGAAUGGCAUAAGAACCAUCCGGUCGUCUGUCUCCCAGAGUCUCCAGCUGUACCCAGCAGACAUAUCAUCAUCCCCGUCGAUAUCCCAGAGAUCCAAGUUGUGCACACAGCCGAGCUCCGCCUUUCCAACCUGGCCGACCAGCCUCCCCACGCGGCAGUUGGGCAGAUGAUCGCUGCAGAACUCAGCAUACGUCAUACACGACGAUGGUGCUCACCCGAGCACCGCGAGAAUGAAGGUGGCCCUCUCGAAUUCUCGUACGAGAUCCACGCGAAUCCCGAGUCAUGGCUGGUCGGUGGUCGACGUCGCGGCAACUUUACGGCCGACGAAGGCGAAACCAAGACCUUUGCGAUCAUGCUUCUUCCGCAAAAAGCCGGGCAUCUGCUCCUGCCGGGGCUGGAAAUCCGGACUUUUGUACCACCAUCGUCGUCAACAUCAUCGUCCCUGUCACAGUCGCCGCCACCGUCCUCGACCGCAGCAGGGGGGCAAGUAAUGAGUCCCAGUCCUGGACAGCCCGUGGCAGCUGGGUCCACGACGGCAGCGGCAGCGGCAGCACUGCAACGCAGACCCAUUCCGUGCGAGGUCGACUACCGGAACCAUGGCGAGACAGUGCUGGUACUACCUGAUCUGCGCACGACAACAGUGAGCCUGUCUCUGUCUGGGGGGAGUCAUGGCGGGGCAUGGUUGGUUGAUUCCGAGCGCUUGCAUGUUCAAAGCACAUAGACACCACCCUGCGUACAUACAUCCCACGCACCUACCGACCUCUGCAUACUUUAGAACCUAGGUAAAUAUAACCAACCUAUAGACGACUCCCAAAUCAAGACCCUACGUAGUAC